UUGCCAUGCACUAUCAUGUUGUGUAGACAAGCCCUUAUUGACAAUAAAUAGCAUCAGCUCAGCAGACAUAAAUAUAAAAUAUAGGUUAUUGGAGAACUUCAUCUAAGCUUAUUAAAACAAAAAUCUGAAAGCAGACAAAAAAGUGUCAAGUCCACACACACACUCUGGAGCAAUGCAGGCUGUGGGCCCCAGGAACGGGAGGUUUGCCUAUAGAGAAGCUCAGUAGCACUGGCCACUUACAAACCGCACUGUGCCAAGGGCUAGGGAAGAUCUGAUUAAAGCAGCAUUAGAAAUGGUCAGGGAAGCCCCAGGAGAGGCAGGGCCGAGCCAGCUGGAUGUUGUUCUGAGUCAGCAUUUCUUCCAGACAACCUCCACCAGAACAGCUAUUACAGAACCCCAACUGGAUCUUAAAGAUGCCAUCCCACAGGAGAUGGUGUCCUGCAUCCAGGGUAAGCACCUUCCAUUUCCAGCUCAGGUGGGUGAAUUUGACCCAGGAAUCUCUUCCUAAAAUUAUAUUGCACAGCCAUAUCGUUAUGUAUUUUCUUGUGUUCCACACUCUUGCCCUUUAAUGUUCCAUCUAUCUCCUAUUUUUAGUUUUCAGAGAAGAUGAACACAAAUUGUAAAACCUGGAUCUUGGCUGGGAAUGCUUCUAAACAUUGUAGCAUUCACAGUAGGGUUUGUUUUGGUUCAUAAAAAGUUAGGGAUCAUUUGGAUUCACAUGCAGGUUCAGAUUUCAAACAUGCCUCUACUGUAGUUUGUGGGUAUUUUGAUCUAGGUCUUUAGUUCAGGGCUAUCACUAGUUUUCUAGCUUCUGAUCAUUAGAAAAUUCCAUUGCUGCAAUUUUGCUGUACUCGGAGCUACUGACUGUACAGUGACCUUGUCUUGUCAGUGUCCACCACUGUUUAAAGUUCUUUUGGGCUCCUGCUGGGGUCUUCGUUUCUCUCCAAGUUUUCCUUCUCCGCAGGAGAUUCUUCCUGGUUUUAAAGAGUUUUAAACAUCCAUCAUGAAUAAUCUGUGACAUUUCCAAGAAAAGCCUGCCUGCUUCUGACUUCCACACACACAAAAAACACACAGUGCUCAAGCCUGGAAACCGAAGGGCCAAACAGAAAUUAACUGUCGACCUUUUGAACUGCACUAAUUCCGAAAUGAGAGGGAGUCAGUGAUCUGCUCAAAGAAUCCCUGGUUAAAAAAUCAGUAUUUCAAUAUAUAGAUUGGAAAAUAAUUCCUUUUAAAAACGUUAUUAAAUAUUUGCUCAUACUUAGACAUACAGGGCCAGAGCCUCAGCUGGUGUAAAUCAGCAUAGCUCAGUUGUAAUCAAAACUAUACCAAUUUACACCAGCUGACAAUCUGACUCACUUUAUUCUUAGGCAGGAUCAUAUUCUCCAGUUUGUAUUUCUUGGGAAAGUUCUCAACUGUUGUAGAUCUCUACAUAUUUAGACACUGCCCCUAGCAAAGAAUUCUAAACAUUUCAGCCUCCAGUUCAAAAUUUCCCUCCUUAUUCCACAGAUUUUAAUGGCAGAAGGGAUCAUUAUGGUUACCUAGUCUGACUUCCUGCAUAACACAGGCUAUACAAGUUCACACAGUAAUUUCUGAAUCAAAGCCAUAACUGCUGGUUGGGCUACUGCAGCAUAUCUUGUAGAAAAACAUCCAGUCAUGGUUUAAAGACUUCUGGAGAAUAAUUUUCACUUCUGCCACCAGGGCUUCUGCUGGAUUCAAACUCAAACCCACCGAGGCUAUAAGCAAGAUACAAUCUGCUAAAUUAGACAGUCCUUCAUAGACUUACUCCCAUUACAUCAUAGACUUUGCCUCUCUGGGCCUCUCCCAGGCUCCUCUGCUUAUCCAAUUUGGCCUCCUUUCUUUUUCUUCAGCUCUGGUCAAUUUCACCACUAUCAAUCCUAGAGCCUUCUCCUCUGCAGUUCUUGCUGUGUAGAACAGCCAGGUUAUAUUUCUUUACUUCAUUGGCUCUCCAUCUAAUUUCAAUACUCUUGUUUUUCCUCCCUUAAUAUCUUUCUUCCUUUCUGUUGUAUUUCUAGCUGUAUAAUGUAUACAGAUAACUCCAUACACCUUGAUGGAUGCAGUUUAUAUGCAAAUGUCAUUCAAUAUUAUUAUUAUUAUUUAUUUGUAUUAUCAUAGCACUUACAAGCCCCAGUCAUUUACCAGGACUCCAUUGUGCUAGGUCUGUACAUACCCAGAACAAAAAGACAGUCCCUACCCCAAAGAGCUAACAAUCUAAGUGUAAGACAAGAGACAAUAGAUGGAUACAGACAGAUGGGAGAAUACAAGGAAACAAUGAGACAGUAUUGGUCAUCAUGACUGCCAAUGGUCUCAGCAAAGCAGCCGCCUCAUCAUUAUCCAGUUUUUGUAGACAUCACAGCAAAGUAGAGAUGCUAGCUUGGGUGGGGAUAGAUUGUGAUGGGCCUUGAAUGUGAAGAUAUAAGGACCUGAUAUUUCAUUUCUUAUUGAAGCUAAACUCUGAUAUAUAUCAUCAGCAACACACACACACACACAAAGAGUUUAAUGAACUGUAAAAUGGGUAAUAGCUUUACAGUAUAUAUACGUAGGACUAUGUAUCAAUAACUGCAGAACAUGAGUCUCAAAUUAGAGUAACUUUUUGGCUGUAAAAGAAUGGAUAUCAUCACUUCUUUCUCUGUCAUGGUAAUUACUCUGGUCACGACUUUAGCAUAUUUUAAGGGCAGUGUGUUUCAAAGGAUAGAAGACAGGACUGGGAGUCAGGACAUUUGGGUUUUAUUCCCAUUUUUCUCAUAGACGGCUUGUGUUAAUAACUGGGACAAGCCAGUUCUUUUCUCGGUACCAGAGUUUCCCCAUCUGUAAAGUUUGGAGAAUAUUACUUACAAACCUUUGAAAAACAGUUUGAGAUCUUGGGAAGAAAAACUCUGCAUAAAUGCAAAGCAUUAUUAUUUUAGUUUCUAAUUCAGGAAAGCAUUUUAAUAUGUGCUUAACUCCCAUUGAAUCAAUGAAACUUUAAGAUAUGCGUAAAGUUAAACAUGUGCUGAAGUGCCCUCUCUGAAGAGGUAUGUUGUCCUGAAUCCUGCAAUUAUGCAUUUUUAAACAAAUAAUUUUACAAAUGUAUUGACAAAAGUAGAGUUAAGGUGAGAAAAUUGGUAUAUUAACAAUUCUCAGUGUACUGAAUUGUCUCAGUCUGGGUUUUAUUCUAAUGAAUAGAAGUGAAGUGCUCUUCAAAGAUCCUUGGACAAUGUGGAGUUUGAAGCAGCUGAAUAUUGUCAUCAGAAAAUCAAACUCUGCUCUCAGAGCCAGAGCUCUUCCCCCAGGCUCUCCUCCCCCCCCCCCAUAUUUGUAUAUAGUCAGAGAGGAGAGUCAGGCUUAGUUUGUUCAUAAACUCCAGUUCCUGGGCGGACCCCACACACAGCUGGAUUUGAAACAGCUGGAUCCGCCUUCCCUGCAAGUUUAGCCAGGAGCCUCACAAGCCUGGGAGCUUUGGGUUGGGAGCAAAAUAAUCACAGACUGGCUGCACUGGUGGAGGAUGAAUUGAUCAAAACUGUGAACCUGGUUGCUGGCAGGAUACAGAAAAUGGGUUACUGGAAGAGGCUGGGUCUGAUUUCUCUACUGCUGCUGUCCUUCUCAUGUUCUGCCGGGGCACGAAGAAAUCUGAAGACCAAUUUGUGUAAAUGGUGUGACUCCACCUCCCCAGUGUGUGGGGAAAAGGUGUGCUACAGCAACUGUCAUUUGAACUCCUAUUGUGAGAGUCCAUAUGAAAUCUGCGUGGCCAUAUGGAAGCAAGAUAAUGACAGCAUUAAGAUCAGCACUCUGUGCCACAACCCACAGCUCCCAGUAGAAAAUGUAAUGGUUCCAAAUUACAACACCUCACGGUGCAUCAUGACCCAUCAGUCUAGUGAGGAAGGAAUAUUUUACAUCUGUGGUUGUGUGGAUGAACAGGAAUGCAACGAUAAACUCAUAUUUGAAAACCACACCAAUGGAUACUCCAUGCUGCAGAGCAAAGAGGUCAUUCCUGUAGCAGCAAUAAGCCUGCUCCCCCCUCUGCUCGUGGCUGUCAUGAUAACGGUGAUAUUUUACCUCUGCCGCACCCAGAAGCGGAGAAAGAGAGCCAAGGACUGGGGUCAGAAGCACACACAGCACCAGGCUUUGCCCAAGCCAGGAAAAGCUGCUGAGGACGAUGAGAAAUUAUCUGUGAUGACAGACGACAAUCACUCCAGCAUGAACUUCACCUGCGCCAACAGCAUCAACCAUAACACCGAGCUGCUGCCCAUUGAACUGGAUGAGAUCGUGGGGAAAGGCCAGUUUGCCGAGGUCUGGAGGGCCAAGCUGAACCACACCACUUCGGGGCAAUACGAGACAGUAGCUGUUAAGAUUUUCCCAUGCGAGGAAUAUUCCUCUUGGAAAAAUGAAAGCCAGAUCUUUAUAGAUGCCAGCCUCAAGCAUGAGAGUGUACUUCAGUUCCUUACAGCAGAGGACAGAGGGUCUGGGCCCCGUAAGGAAUACUGGCUCAUCACUGCCUACCACAGCAGGGGCAACCUGAAGGACUAUCUGUCCCGACACAUUCUGAGCUGGAUGGACUUACAAAAAAUGGCCAGCUCCCUGGUGAACGGCGUGGCCCACCUGCACAGCGAUUACACUGCCUGUGGCAGGCCAAAGAUCCCAAUCGCUCACCGGGAUAUCAAAAGCACUAACAUCCUGGUGAAGAGUGAGUGGGAGUGCGUGAUUUGUGAUUUUGGCAUUGCUCUAAAGCUAGACCCUUCCUUAACAGCGGAUGACUUUGCUAACAGUGGGCAGGUUGGCACUGCCAGGUACAUGGCUCCCGAGGUUCUAGAGUCUAGAGUGAAUCUGGAAGACCUGGAGUCCUUCAAACAAAUGGACGUCUACUCCAUGGCCCUGGUUUUAUGGGAAAUGGCCUCCAGGUGUGAGGUAGUAGGAGAGAUAAAAAGUUACGAGCUACCCUUUGGGUCGAAAGUCCAGGAGCAACCCUGUGUGGAUACCAUGAGAGACAUUGUGCUGCACGGCAGAGGGCGCCCAGAGAUACCUUGCAACUGGCUAGUGCAUCAGGGAAUGCACUUUCUGUGCGACACCAUUACAGAGUGUUGGGACCAUGACCCCGAGGCUCGCCUUACAGCCCAUUGUGUGGCAGAACGGUUCAAUCUGAUGGCACAAAUGGACUGUGAUGACAUCCUCAACAACAAUACAGACAAUGAAGGCAGCAAAACAGCCCCUCUAAGUGGGGACAGUGACGGGAAUAGAAAUACCCAGUGACAGGAAGAAAUGAAAGCCUCAUAUCAAAAAGAAACAAGGAGAUAAAAGACAAACACGUGGCUCUAAAAAAUAAACAAAACAACAGACCUCUAUUCAUUUUCCUAAAAUGAACUAAGAGCUAGUUUAUAACUUAUUUAUCGGACCUUUCACCCCAGAAGUACAAUGCAAAGAGCCCUGGGAUCAAUACUUUGGCUAAAGUGCCACAUUGUUUAGAAAUUUAUUAUUUUGUACUUAGUGUACAAUGUUAAUACAUUUUCUUUAUUUUAAAAUUAAUGUUUAACCUUUAUUAAUAAGCACCUGGAUUCCACCUCUAUUCCUUUAAGUUUAUUUUUUUCAUGUUCAUUCUUGCAUCACUGAGCUUUACCCCUAAUUUUCUAGCCUUUAAACCUCGGAUGUUAGACAGGAGCUCAUUAAAACAGGCAUUGUCUCUGAUUACCCAUUCAGAGAUCAGCCAGCCCUUUUCAUAUCGCAAGAAGAUACCUGAAAUUAGAUUAGCAAAAGCCUGAUUGGCUUUAACACCAACGCGUCUUUUUCCAAUGUAUAAUUCCUGGGAAUACUCGACUGUUCCAGCUGUGUGUUAAGAGUACAAAAAGUUACUUGGCUAAAAAAACGAACAAGACCAAUUCAGAGAAUGUGGCUCAACUCUAAAUAGCACUUAUGCGGAAUGUCAGCUAAGUAUUAAUUUCAAGUCACAUGUCUCCUGACUCCCAGCUAUCUUCUAAAUCAAACUAAAGAAGAUAUAUUGUAACAGCACGUGCACUUUAACAGUGAUACUGGCAAGAUGACUGGGAAUAAGGUCUAGUUCAUCACAUAGAUCGUUUCCAUCUCCACCUUCCGUGAUCUAACAGUCAAGUGGCAAAUGACAUGAAGGUUGGGUGGGGCUUGGACCUUCCUUUCCAAUUUCAGCAAUACUGUGUUGGGCUCCUCCCCUCUACUGGAAAGGCUCUUAGCUGAAUAGCAGAAGAUAAGGUAAGUCACGCCCCACUUCCAAACCUCUUCAUUGACCCAAACCCUGCUCCUCUCCUCCAUAUACACUCCCAUGCACAGCGAGGACUGAAAGGCAAUGAGAAGAGUGUGGCUCUGCUGUGCAAGGAAGCCUCAAGCUCCUGCGCGAUAAAGUCAUCUCCGCGAAGGCAGUGUAUGGAGUGGCAUUCGGAGGGGCACAUUGCCCAUAAGUCUGCAACUGCAUGGAUCUACCGUACAGGUUCACCACUUAAACCUUAACUGUCAUCACACAGUCUUCUGUUCCAUCCAUGCCUUCUCAGCAGCUGACAGAGACCCUUAAGAAGGCAGCUUUUCACCUCCAUAAUGCUGAGGGAUCAGACCCCCUUUGUGAGUUAGGCACAGCUCCUCUCACCUCAUGGGCAGAUAUGAGAGGCAUCCAGUUUUAAAGAAACUGCCUUGGGGCAAAUUUCAGAUCUUUGAAGAACAGCAGUGCAGAGAUGCUCACAUGCUCUGUUAAACUGUCUGGAAGGAGACUUCUGCUCCAGGAGUUGCUUUCCUCAGACUCAAAACACUGAUUUGUGUGUUCCUUGCCUAUCUUCAUUUUAUCAGGAGUGCAGAUUAUAUUCAAACAUCUGUGAGUCAGAGAAAUUGGGCAACACAACCAUGAAGGAUAAAAAGAGCUGAGAUGGCAUCUCCAGUUCAAAACCAACAAAUUGGCGAGUUAUAUUAAAGAAAAAUGGAAUCUUGGGAUAAUGAGCAACAUUCUUAUUAAAGGGAUCCCGUUAUUAAAUGUAAAGAAAAUUUAAAGUAUCAAAAAGUGUAAAAUAUGUUUAGAUACAGCAACAGAAAAUUUAACAUUUAUGUUAAGUAUUUUAUGUUGUACAUUCUAAUUUGUUUUGUGCUUUGGAGACAUAAUAAAAAAGUUAGUUUAGAUUGUACAAAUUAUACUUUUGCUUCAAAACCUCAUGUUGUGUUUCUAGAUACACAGUCUUGCUUUUCUGCAAUACUAUAGCCCCGUGGAGGUCUGUGAUCUUACGCAAUCUUUUGAUUGUUUCUGCCAUGUACAUGUGGCAUCUUCUGUACUCUAUAAUAAACAAAUAUGCCAUCUAACAACAG